AUGUCUGGCUCAACCAAAUACCCCCAUUUCCGCGAAACAGUGACGGGGAAACAACUCAUUGUCAAUGGCAGACCAUUCCUGAUUUUGGGCGGAGAGCUUCAAAACUCAUCGCUCACAUCAGCCGAUUAUAUGGCUACAGUCUGGCAGAAAAUGAAGGAUACAAAUUACAACACCCUUCUCGGGUGUGUAUGUUGGGAAAUUAUUGAACCCGUGGAAGGACAAUUCAAUUUUGAUGAGCUUGAUAAGGUCAUUCUUGGAGCUAGGCAACACGGUUUGCAUUUGAUUCUUUUAUGGUUUGGCUCUUUUAAGAAUGGUAUUUCGACGUACACUCCGGCAUGGGUCAAGACCGAUGUGAAACGUUUCCCUCGAGCCAAAUUACGCAAAGCAGGUGGCAUCCUAGAAACAAGUGAAGCGCUUUCGAUAUUCCACGACGAGGCACCCAAAGCCGAUGCCAAAGCAUUUGCGGCAUUGAUGAAGCAUCUCCGAGAAGUUGAUGGCGAGCAUUCUACUGUGAUCAUGGUGCAGGUUGAGAAUGAGACUGGCUUGCUGGGGGACUCUCGAGAUGGCUCAAAAGCGGCCUCGAAAAGAUUCGCAGAGCCAGUGCCACAGGAUCUUAUCAGCUUCCUUGCGAGUGACUGGGAAAAUCUCCACGCUGACUUCAAAACGAACUUGGAGUCCUUCAAAACUGCCCAAGACUCAUCUGCUAAAGAAGGCUCAUGGGAAGAAGUCUUUGGAAAAGACGCACGUACUGACGAGCUUUUCAUGGCCUACCACUACGCUCGUUAUCUUGACCGCGUAGCCGAGGCAGGCAAGAAAGAAUACCCAAUCCCACUGUACACCAACGUCUGGCAAAAUUACGUUGGAGAUGACCGCGAUGAGUCCUUCCCAGUUGUCGUCGGCGGUGGAGGUCACCCCGGUGAUUACCCUUCUGGUGGAGGCACGAGUAACGUACUUGAUGUCUGGCAAAAAUUUGCGCCGUCUCUCGACCUGAUAGCGCCAGAUGUCUACUUGAACGAGUACACCAGCUCAUGCAAAAAGUAUCGUCACCGCAACCAACCACUCUUCAUUCCUGAGCAACGUCGGGAUGACUACGGAGCUCGACGUAUCUGGGCGGCGUUUGGUUCAUACCAGUCCCUUGGCACUUCGCCGUUUGGCGUUGAUACCUUGGAGCCAGAGGAGUGUGCAUUUACAAAGCACUACAGGCUACUCGACUCGGUAUCCCAGAUUGUCCUCGAGGCACAGCGGACUUCCCUCACUGCAUCGGUCGGGUUCUUCUUCGACGAGCUGCCUGCCACCGGAGAAGAUCCAGCCAGACCUAUCGUUGUGAGUCACUGGCCUGGCUUCGAAAUCACCAUCGAGCCCUGCUUUGUGUUUGGUAAACGUAGCCCUGCCGCUGGAAUGGUAAUUCAUCGCGGUGGCGCCAAGUUUUUGCUCAUCGGAUGGGGAUUCCAGGUCCGCGCACGCAGUCUUUCUGCGAAUAGCACAUUCACCGGCAUUCUUCGCUUCGAGGAAAAAUACGUGGUCAACAAGGAGACUGGUCAACUUGCAACGUUAAGGGCCCUGAAUGGUGAUGAGACCAGAAGUGGGAAGUUUGCUAUGAUGCCGAGUGAGGAUCCAGAUUAUGGUGGAUUUCCUAUCUGUGUGACCAUUCCUGCGAGAACGAUGAUUGCGGAGGUUGAAUUUUAUGAUGUAGCUGACGAUGGUUGA